AUGGACGUCACCACACGCAUCCGCGACGCGCUGUCAUCCCAAUCUUUCCCCGCGCCAUCGAUCCCCUGGACCACGACCCUAACCUCGCGCGUCCCGACCCCUCCCCUCCCCUCCCUCAUCGCGACUGCCAAAGCCCGCCUCCUCGCCUCGGACCUCACGACCCCGGGCCUCCUCGACCCGGCCACCGCGACGCUCCCCGCCCCGAACGCGUCGACCCCCGAGACGGCGCUCGCCCACGACGUGCCCUGCCAGGUCCUCGACGUCGAGAACCUGACGCUCUCGCGGUGGGAGCAGGUCGAGGAGCUCGAGGCCAUAGCGCGCGGGGAGCAGACGACGGGGCGCAGGGUCAUCAGGGUCGCGCCCGCCGAGGACGACAACGUGCACGAUAACGUCGACGAGGGGACGUCCGGGCGGGCGCAGCCGCAGGCGCAGCAGCGCAAGAACGCGACCCAUCGGCUUGUGCUGCAGGAUUGCAAGGGGCAGAAGGUGUAUGCAAUAGAGCUGAGGCGGGUCGAGAAGAUCGGGAUCGGGAAGACGAGUGCUGGGGAGAAGAUUGUUCUCAAGGCUGGGACGGUGCUUGCGCGAGGCACGGUGCUGCUUGAGCCCGAGAGGUGUGUGAUGCUGGGUGGGAAGAUCGACGCGUGGCAGAAGGCUUGGGUGGAGGGGAGAAUUGCCAGGUUGAAGAAUGCUAUCGGCGGCGAAGGGGCGUAG